UUUCAAACAAUAAUAUCUCCCCUCUUUCUUCCCCAACCAAUCGGUCAAUGGAAACCAAAAUCAUACACUCUAAAACGACAUCGUCUCUCUUCCAGAUGAACAAUCUCUAAACCAAAGGAAACUCCAUCAUCUUCAAUGGCAGCAAAACCUUCGAAAGAUAGAGACUUCCUGAAGCAUCUAGAAGCAUACUUAGCAAAACGCGAUGGAGUCGACAAACUCCUCAAGAUAUCGCGAUACGCUUCCAAAUUCAUUAUCUCUUCUUCACUCCUCCCCCACGCGCACCCUGUCACGCGCCGCCUCAAGUCGUUUGAAUCCUCCGUUGGUCUCAGCCGAAAAGCCUUUCGCCUCGGAAAAUUCAUCCAAGACGUCAACGCGCUACGCUCGGCGGCGCGUGAGAAAAAUCAGAGCCGUCAAUUACUUCUACUCUCUCUCCUCGCGUACGGCGGAGAAGGAAUCUACUACUUCGUCGAACAAAUCGUGUGGUUGUCGAAAUCUGGUUUGAUUGACGCGCGUCAUGCGCGUGAGCUUCAGAAGGUAAGCGCGUGGGCGGAGUUUGUUGGAUAUAUUGGGAGUAUUACGUUGAAGGUUGGAGAUUUGAAGGAAUUGGAUGAGAAAUUGAAGUGUUUGAAUUCGAGUGUUGAGAUUGCGGAUGUAAGAGAUGAGAAUUGUGAAGAGGAGAGAGAAAAAUUGAAGGUUUUGAGGUUGAAGAUGAUGAUGAAGAAGAUGUCGAUCUUGCAGGAUUUUGCUGAUGGAUUAAUGGCGUUGGCCGAUAUUCGGGACGGUAAAGGAAAGAUUUUUACUCCAUUUGUUCUUUCUUGUGCUGGAUUGUUGUCUGCUCUGAUUAGUACCCACAAAAAUUGGGUUUCUUGUUGAUUUUUUCUGUUAAUUUAUUGAUUUUUUUAGGGUUGAAUUGGUGGAAAAUUGAUGAAUAUUACAGUUUUAAUCUUGUAUUUUGUGUAAUAAUACUGAAAUCUGGAAAUUGAAUUGAAUACAAAUUUUUUUUGCCA